UAACUGGAGAGGAGCUUACCUUCACUGCAAGGGGGAAGUCCCAGAAAAUGCAUUGUGGUUGCACCCAAAUCAGCCCCUAACUCAAAUACAUGUAGCCUAAGGUCACUGCAAGAGGGGCACAUUUCAAGCUGAGGUCCUUAGAGGUCUUUCUUCUCUCUGUAGUGAGUCAGAGUGUGAGUUGACACCCGAGCUGAGCCAUGGGGUUAGGCUGCCAUGAGGGUCACUUCUGGGAUGGCCUGGUCAGGAAGUGUCUGACCUGUCAGAUGGUCUGCCAGCAGCCUCACCACCACCUCAGAUGCAUCGAGUACUGCGUGUCUCUAGGGUGUAAAGCAGUCCCAGGGCAGUACUACGACAGGCUGUUGAAGAAGUGUCUGACGUGUGCUGUGGUGUGUGGCAACCAUCCCUCAGAGUGUUCCCACCAAUGUCAGGCCCAACAGCCUGACUUGAGAGCAACCUUGAGGCCUGUGGACGGGACAGUCUCCCAGAACCCUACCACCAGGGGGGACUCCCUACUCAGUGGCCUGCCUAACUCAGUCAUCCUGGUGUACUCUCUGCUGGGCUUGGGUCUGACUCUGCUGCUGUUGACCCUGUCUUUGGCCCUGCUUGUGCUGCUGAGGAGGGCCAGUGCCAGAGGUCCCCGACCAGGGGCCACACAGAGCAGUCCCACCCAGGGCCGUGGAAGCCAGGAGGCCCAAGAGCCUAACCAGCACAGCAAGUCCUCCAAAGACAACCUGAUGGAUCCAUCCCUGCCCAAGCUGAACAGCGUGACAGCGGGCCGUUCGUCCAGCCCAAUAGAGACCUGUGUGUGUGUUCACUGCUUCCCUGACCUCAGAGUGCCUGGCAGAGGAGAGAAGCAGCAGAGACCCCCUCUCACCCUCUACCAGCAGGCUGUCCCCCAGGACGUCCACACUCCUACCAGACCACUCACUUGUGGAUCAUCAGAAAAAAUCAUCUGCUCCCCCUCUCAGCCUAGCUUCUGACAGGAGCAGAACUGAAACCCACUGAACACUACGGCAAUCAUCGAGAUCCUAUUAAAUUACUAGAGGGGCUAUGUCAUAAACCCUCAAAGUUCCAUAAUGGGGUAAAAAUGGCAGCAAUCUUGGUCAGGGAAGAAAUCCAAAACCAGUCUAAUUGGAAUGAAUGGCAGAGGCAUAGGUGACGCAUUUCCUGCUUUUACUUAUGCAGGAAAAUAAAAGUAAGGCAGGUGAUGUAUUAGAAAUAGUGUAAUUAUAGUCAACCUAAAAUAGUGUCGUAAUUAUGAAUACAUUUGAUACUGGUUUUAUACCAAUUUUCUGUACAAAUACCUUCUAAAAUACAUGUAAACAGACCAUACGUCACUUAGUUUUCUUGGAAAACGGUGUGCUAUUCUAUGAUACAAUAUCAGUACUUGUUGCAUUUACGUCUCUAAGUCAUAUCAUCAACUGAUUUGAGCCAGUGUAUGGCUGUGUAUUGACUGCCUUGUUUGAAUGGAAUGUUUGCUUGCUGUCAGUUAAUUAGAAACAUUUAUGGUGUCAUUCCUCGAAAACUGGUUGGCCAGCUAGCUAGCAAACACCCAUACUGUCAUGCCCUGAUCUGUUUCACCUGUCCUUGUGAUUGUCUCCACCCCCUCCAGGUGUCGCUUAUUUUCCCCAGUGUAUUUAUCCCUGUGUUUCCUGUCUCUCUGUGCCAGUUCACCUUGUAUGUUUCCAAGUCAACCAGCAGUUUUCCCGUUCUCCUGCUUUUUGCAUUCUCCUUUUUCUAGUCCUUCCG